CUCUUACCACCAUGGAGACCAAGAUAAAACUCCGUUUUUACUUGCGCAGUGACCUCGUUCGCAAGGUGACGUUGACGACCCCUCCUUCCUGGGCGGACGUCAGUCACUGGUUGUGGGUGGUCUUCAAUGCUCCCGUAGACAGCGCUGUUCCUGUGUACAUCAACGACGAUGGUCAGCAGGUCGCCGUAUCCGAUGACGAGAGCCUGAGCCAGUUGUUCACCGCCAUAUCAAACAAACCUUUUGUGGAGUGUCGGGUGUGUAUGAGACGUGUCCACGUCAACGAUGCCGAUGAAGCCAAGCAACAUUCCGUGGACGACUUCGUGGACGAUUCUCCCGACGCCAGUGACCAUCGCGGUCUGAAGAUAUCGGUUUCAUCGCGACCUAUACCUGCGAACGUACUUUCUGAGCCCGCCAACGCUGCGCCUUGCUCACCCAUACCUAUCCGGCCCGCAAAUGACAACUCCCCAGUGGCUCCGGAUCCGAGUCAGGACGUUGUUGAAGACCUCGUAAACCGUCUACAAGCCAACCCCUACAGGCUAUUUUCGCAUAGAGAGGGUGUACUAGUUAGUGGAGCCCCGUGGCGGCUGCACGUCGCGCAGCUCCUUCGAGGUCCAGAGGGUGCUCGACAUGCAUCCGACAUCGUGGCGUUCAUGAGACGCAACGGCAUUCCCAUCGACAUUGAGGAUGACGGUGGCUUGGAGUUGAAUCGUUCGCCAACCCCAGCUGAUCGUCGUCGGGCUCGCCGCCAUUCUCGCAGCCCAUAUCCUCCUGCAUACGGGAUGCAUCACCCUGAUCGCCUCUUGAUGGCAUCGAGCCCGCCUCCUGCCCAUCGUUCGCCGUCUACACUUUCGCUCGUCUGUCAAAUUCCUUCCGCACCUCGCAAUCCUCGCACGACACAGGACACCACAAGCCCCACGCAGUACAGUGCCCAUAGUGCUGCAGCGUCUCGACACGGUGCAGCCCGUAGCCCGCAUGGUCCUGCGGGAGAUGGGCGCAUCCCGCGCCACCCCCUUGCAACUCGGACGAGCACGCUCACCCCUCAAGUCGCUGUAGCCGAUGCGGCGCAGCGAUGCGAGACCCCGCCACCUGUCACGCACAAGGUCAUUGUCAAGCUAGUCAAGCCUGAUGAUGACUUGACCCACAUUCGCGUCCGCCAAAUCGCCUUCAACCGCACACCGACCUGGGAACACCUCGCAGCUCUUCUCGCCGCAUCUUACGACACAUCGCCUCGCCUCCUCAUGCUUUCCCACUCUCCCCUCGACACCACUCUUCCUUCCUGGUGGGCAUGCGAAGGCCUGGAACGGGUUCGCGGACCGACCGGGCUUUCCAACAUGCUCCGCAUCGCCUUCAACGCUAACGAGUCCACUGAGUUCGCAGUGCUCGAAGCGAUGGCGGGUGGCGGAGACGCCGUCCUGGGAUUUGGUACAGUACGAUUCCAGAGUGCCAGUACCAACGUUGCAAACCCUGGCAUGGACGUCGACGCCUCCGCUACAAAUACCGUGGAGCAGCAUGCCUUGCGCCACACGCGAGACCUUCAGGCGGCCAUCGCUCGCUCUGGCAUGCGGCGUGUUCGACCAGCAAACAGGGCCCCGCGAGUUUCUUCAAACACAAACACCAAACCUCGCGCGGUCCACGACACUCCUCCGAACAUCGCCAUCCACACGUCCCGCGUGCUCGACAACGCUUCCAACGCGCGCCAUCCGUCUGCCAACUCAACUGCCACACGCUCACUCCCGACCCGAGGGCUCGCGAUCUCCCAACCAACGACACACGCCUCCGUUCCAAUGCGCCCUACUCCGACGAGAUCAUCCAAUCAACCGACAUCCACGUCGCGAACCGAUAACGUCCAGUCCGUCAACGAGAACACCCCUUUCGUACGCAGCAUGGCUCCGAGCCCCGAGCCACGUAACGCCGCGCACACGGUAAGGACCGCUCAAGACAACCGUUGGAAUUCGCUGGAUGCGGUGGUGGACAACUACAGGAAUCAGCUACGUUAUUCGGUUAUUCGUUCUCGGGAAGCUGAUGUUCAUGGCAAUGCACCGACUCGGCAGGUCAACAGUCGCCGGACCCAGGCCCGCGCUCAUCAUCCGUACGCGCGGGUCAUGACAAUAUCUAUGGAGGGCAUGCAGCCUGCUAUUUGUGAGCUGCAUGUUCAAGACCUCACGCAACAAGUUGGUGAUUACGCUGCGCUCGGCUCAGCCCGCCGGAGCAGCGUCGCACCUCAGAUCACUUACAGUCAGAGGCGCGGACGAGAUGAGAGAGGUAGGGAUCGUCGUCGCGGAGCUACGCAUUUCCGCAGUGCGGCGGGAAGGUGAGGGCAUGGUGGAUCCGGAGGUCGUCUAACGUGAUGGCGGCUCCGUAAAUUGCGUCCUGUAGGGCGAGUUGUGUUCUACAGUACGAGUACAUUCCUGACAAUCCUACAUAUUUAUCUUUGACAUUCUGCUCCGACUCCACUAUGCCUCCCCCUUCUGUAUUUAAAUGACCCUUCUUAUAUUUAUGGACUUUUUUCUAAAUCUAUUCACUCUCGUCAAUGCGUCAGGAACACGUUGUCGAGUGGUGCAUUCUCAGUUGUAUAACUUUCUUUCCCUGUCUUCCUUCUAUCGAUCUAUCUUACGUUCUUUGCCCUGUGUGUUUUCCUGCUACGUCGUCGGUGUGAUUAUAUGGCAGCGGUAUGUCUUCUGUUCCUGUGAUAGAGCCGCUGUAGCUGAUAGUGCCAUCUUGUCAGUGCUGUAUCAUAGUAAUACAACAUCCGUUGCCAAAUA